CCUGAGCGGAGAGAGAGGGGUUUACUGUGUGUAACUCUGAGGGAGUUUAGGUCAUUACUCCGCUUAUUUUUUUACAGAUCUUUACCAGAGGAAGGCUUUAUUUACUUUAGUAAAAGUCUGUAAAUAUACUGGUUAUUUAUUUAUUUGGACUGAUCUUCCUCAGGACAGCUGCUGCCUCGCGCCUCAUCUCUCAGCAUGGGCGUAAACACAGAGAAGAAGGACCCGUGUGGCACGGUGUGCUUGAAAUACCUUCUGUUCAUGUUUAACUUCACCUUCUGGCUGGCAGGAGGCGGUGUUUUGGCUGUAGGAUUGUGGACACUGGUAAAGAAGAGCGACUACAUCAGCCUGUUGUCCUCUAGGAUCUACGCAAUCUCGGCCUACAUCCUAUGCCUGGCUGGGGUCAUCGUCAUGAUAACGGGGGUUCUGGGCUGCUGUGCCACCUUUAAGGAGAGAAGACGACUUCUAAGAGUGUAUUUCGUCCUGCUGCUUUGCAUCUUUCUCCUGGAGAUCCUGGCUGGAGUUUUGGCCUACAUCUACUACCAGCAGCUGAGUGAUGAGCUGAAGAACAACCUGAAGAACACCAUGGUGAACAAAUACAAGCAGCCGGACCAAGACCACAUCACACAGGCUGUGGAUAAAUUACAGCAAGAGUUUAAAUGCUGUGGCAGCAACAACUCAACAGAUUGGAACGAGAGCGUUUGGGUCCGCGCCGGUGAGUCAGAGAUGAGAGAGGUACCAGACAGCUGCUGUAAGACUCAGACGGACGGGUGUGGACGCAGAGUCCAUCCCUCUAACAUUUACAAAGUGGAGGGUGGCUGCAUUGUGAAGCUGGAGAACUUCAUUAUGGACCACUUGAAGCUGAUUGGUGCUGUGGGAGUGGGCGUGGCUUGUGUACAGAUCGUGGGGAUGGUUUUCACCUGCUGCCUCUACAGAAGCCUAAAAGCAGAGCCGUACUGAGCUGUAGUUUUAGUUUAGCCUACAAAACGUUAUCACACACACACACUGAUACAAGAAAGGGAUGUUUGUGAUUAUAAAAGUGCCUUAUAUGUAGAGAAGACUUGAAAUUCUCAAACUCCCUUCAAGUAACAGACGGUUGUAUUUAACGUAACGUUGUCCUGCGUAACCUGUAGCUCGUUAGAGUGGCUUCCAGUGAAAUAAGGAAUUUCAUCAACCCUUUAAUGACUGACUACUUUUUUCAUGUACAAUAUCCAAUAUACUGGAUAUUUAUCAUUUGUUAUUUUUGUAUAAUUUAAAGCAUUUUUAAAUUUUUUUGUUCCUGAUUGUUUUUUGUUUGCUGGAGACGUCUGAGCAUUUCUAGUCCUUGUUUGUCAACAAAAGUUGUGUUCUGCAGCUUUAUUUGUAUUGGUGUUAAGACCAAGAUAGGAAUUUUAAUUAAUCAUGAUUUUGUAGAAAUCGUUAUAAUUUGUAUUGUUUAAUCCUGACAUUUCAUUUCAUUUUGUU